ACUUGCAGGGCUCUCGAAUAAAAAGAAGGCGACGAACGCCAAAAACACGCGAAGACAGAGGCAAAAGCGGGCGAGUCCAAUUCACUACUCACCAGCUCGAACGCCAGCAGCAGCAGCAGCAGCAGCAGCAGCAGCAACCAACCGCCAUUACCGCCCCUCAGGUUGCUGUUGCUUUGCAAGGCGUCUUUGAACUGGACUGAAAUGGAACAGUAUGAGAAGAUCGAGAAGAUUGGGGAAGGAACUUAUGGCGUGGUCUAUAAGGCUCUUGAUCGCCUCACCAAUAAGACGAUAGCUCUGAAGAAAAUUCGAUUGGAACAGGAAGAUGAAGGAGUUCCGAGUACUGCAAUCAGAGAAAUCUCUCUCUUGAAAGAAAUGCAGCACGGAAACAUUGUCAAGUUGCAGGAUGUAGUGCACAGUGAGAGGCGUCUAUAUCUAGUUUUUGAGUACUUGGACUUGGAUUUGAAAAAGCACAUGGAUUCAUGUCCAGAAUUUUCUAAAGACACCCGCACGAUAAAAAUGUUCCUUUAUCAAAUCCUGCGUGGCAUUUCCUAUUGCCAUUCUCAUAGAGUUUUACAUCGAGAUUUGAAGCCCCAGAAUUUGCUGCUAGAUCGUCGUACUAAUUCAUUGAAGCUAGCUGACUUUGGGCUGGCCAGGGCUUUUGGUAUUCCUGUUAGGACAUUUACUCAUGAGGUGGUGACUCUCUGGUAUAGAGCUCCUGAGAUACUCCUCGGAUCCCGCCAUUACUCAACACCUGUUGACAUGUGGUCUGUGGGUUGUAUAUUUGCAGAGAUGGUGAACCGGCGGCCACUAUUUCCUGGGGACUCUGAGAUUGAUGAAUUGUUUAAGAUAUUCAGAAUAAUGGGCACGCCAAAUGAGGAUUCAUGGCCCGGAGUGACUUCUUUGCCUGAUUUUAGAUCAACCUUCCCUAAGUGGGCUCCACAGGACCUAAAAACUGUUACGCCGAAUCUUGAUCCAGCCGGAGUCGAUAUUCUUUCUAAAAUGCUCUGCAUGGAUCCUAGAAGAAGAAUAACUGCCAAGGUUGCUCUUGAGCACGAAUACUUCAAGGACGUCGGCGUCAUACCGUGAAAAUCGUUGCUUUACUCACUAGGUGAGGCGUGUCUAUAUGGAGUUUGUAGCAUAUUAAUGGGUUUUGAUGGUGUGAAAUGUGAAUCUUUGCAAUUCUUAACCGCAAUUUCUUACUUGAGUCAAAUACUGAGUCCUGUUGCACUUGGAUUUGGAUGUCUUAGCGAGCAAGUUCAUCUCGUAUCUCUUUGUGUCCAA